GAGUAAAAAAUACAUAAAGCUAAAUGACAAAUCCCCCUUCUACGUUUUAACAUUACAUUUAAAUAUUAUCUAAAAGAGAAAUUGGUUACAAAAAUUACACACAGUAUUGACAAAUAACCAAGUUUCCAGAAAAAAAAAAAAAAAAAAAAAAAAAACCUGAUGUUGUAUGAUGGAAUUCUAUUUCAGUCUACCCAUUAAGGCCAAAAGUUGAACUGUUCAGUUUGCUAUAUAUGGGAGGAAAAUAAACACAACAGAAAAAAACUUAAAAUAUUAAGAAAUUAUCUUGGCAAUCAAUUAGACCUGCCCUGUUGCUAUAGAAAUAAUUAUAGUCCGCUGGACCUCACUGGACAAUAGAAGCCAGCAACUUUGUAAUAGUUUCCAAAUAAACAAAUAUAUUAAAACCUGACGUGUUGCCAAUGGUUUUAUAGUAAGGAUUGCAGUACGGAUUACAGUCGGGUCACGCUGCUCAGGGAACUAGAACCGAGGUCAAGCGACUUCUUGAAGGUGAAGUGCGCAGCUCUUCAAUUUGGGAGUGUAAAUCAAUAUGGAUUCCACAACAAGCAGAACCUCUGGGGAGGAAGAUGAAUAUUACAAUUAUGAAGACUACUUACUGUAUGCAGUGUGCCAAAAGGAAGACGUCAAAGCAUUUGGAAGAAUAUUUCUCCCAGUUUUGUAUAUAUUUGUGUGUGUGUUCGGAUUAAUUGGGAACGGGCUGUUGGCAGGCAUAUUGAUUUGGUACAUGAAGUUGAAAAGCAUGAUUGACAUAUAUCUGCUGAACCUGGCCAUCUCAGACCUGCUGUUUGCAGCCACACUUCCAUUUUGGGCUGUAUAUUUCCAGUCCCAGUGGUACUUUGGAAACAUUGGGUGAACCCUGAUCUACACAAUAAACUUCUACAGCAGCAUUUUGUUCAUAACAUGCAUGAGCCUGGACAGGUAUUUAGAAAUUGUGUGAGCCUUUUCCACCAAAAAUCUUAGGACAAGAUACAAGAGCUGUAUAAUAUGCACAGUGGUGUGGGGCAUCUCCAUUCUGGCUUCAGUUCCUGAUUGUGUAGUUAUCAAGCUGCAACAUCAUGGUGGGCAGAGUUUCUGUAUCCAUGAUUAUGGUGAUGAACAUAUGUCGGUAUGGAAGGUUAUCCUCCAGUUCAAGCUCAACAUUCUUGGAUUCCUCCUACCUUUUCAUUUUAUAUUGUUCUUUUACUCACAUAUAGCCUGCAUUAUAAACAAGACUGGUUCCAAGCGAAAAAGCAAAGCUUUAAAACUGGUCAUCACCUUAGUGGUUGUCUUCUUUGUGCUGUGGUUUCCCUACAAUAUGGUCCUGUUUUUGCAUUCUCUGCAAGACCUCCAUGUGAUUUCGAACUGCAAGAUCAGCAAGGACUUGGACUUCGCCCUUCAAGUGACAGAGAGCCUUGCUUUUGUCCACUCCAGCCUAAACCCCUUCCUGUAUGCUUUUGUGAACAAAAGAUUUAGGAAAUACCUUAAUAACAUUGCAAAAAACAUUUGCAGAAGAGAAAGAGACUAUUCUUUAAAGUUUUCUAGCACAAGUCCACCCACAACUCAGAAUGAAAUGAUUGAGCUACAAAUGAUACAGAAAAUACCUGAAACACAGCCUUCAGUAGAUGUUUCUUAACUUUAAAGACGAGCAGGUUGUAUUUAUAACCGCUUAGUGUUAGCUUAAUACUUAGCCAUGUGUUGACUUUGUAACAACACCGCAUGUUUAAUUACGGUGCUUUUACAAUGCACUUAUGUUUAAACUGUCACGCCCUUCUAUUCUGUCGUAAUAAAAGUUGUGCUUUUUAGAUUUCUGCAAAUAUCGCCUUUCCAGGAACACACAGCAAAUUGUCUUGAUUGACACAUUGAGUGCAACCGCAAUGUUGAAUAAUGAGCCUAUUGCACUGGUACCUACUAUGCUUCUUGUGAAGACACUGACCAAAAUCCUGACAGGAUUUCUUCUUCUGCUUUCCCAUGAUUGUUGCUGAAUAGUUAGUUUCACAUGAUGUCAUAAGUUGCAGAAUAGGCUUCAUGCUACAAAACAUUUUAAAAUAUAAAACUGUAAAAGAAAACUUUGAAUCAAUAAAAUGACUAACAUUUUAUGCAAAAAGCCAUUUUAAUUGUAAA